AGUUUCUCUGGUUGUCAAUAUCUGCCCAGCCAUGUCUACGCUCGAGGAGUCGCUGAAUGCGCUGAAGUUCUCGGCCGUUGCCAUUGAAGUGGUGCCCCUGCAGCUGGAAUCGCGCCUUGUUCACUGCAAGGAGGCUGUUCGUCGCCUGACUGAGCGUUGGCACCGUGCAAGUGGAGGCGAAGGGUUUCGUGACGGUUCCCAUGCGCCAAAUAUGGCUGAGGACGUGACAGCAUCUGCGGCCUUGGAUGCAGAUGAGGCUGAGGAGCUCUUUGAGACCAUCGAGGCUCUCGAGCGGCACCUGGAGGAUAUCAGGGGCCAGCUGAAGUGGGCACAGGAGAUGGCUGCCGUAAGCGAAGCCCAAGUCAAAGACUACAAGGAUUUGGCGAAACACUUGGAGCAGGAGCUGCGCAAGCAAUGCGAUAGUGCUGACCGGGAGUUGGCAAUUCGCGUCCGCAAUGCCUGCGAGAUCACACGGCUUCAGCUCUACCGCAGGGCGCGUGGAACUGAAUACAGAGCAAGCUACAGAAGAUGAAUCGGAAGAGUCCGAAGCCGACGAAGGCACCUGGAACAUUGCAUCCUGCAGUGGCCGAGCACUGACUGUUCCGAAGUUUAUGAGCCCGGACACGACAAAUUUUGGGCGUUGCGUACGGUGGAUUUAGUCAAGUGCUAAAUAUUUUUAGCGUAUUUAAUAUUUUUAAAUAAUAAUUCACAAAAUGACAGGUGAACGACAAGUUUAGUCGACUGUUCAGUAAGAGAUCGAGCAAUGAGCCUUCUCUUAUUCGUUCACAUGACGCUUUCAUAUUAUUUCCAAUGUGCAGGUCUGCAUUUCUAUGAAUCACAAAUUAUAGCAUAGGCAAAUCCUUCCUAUGUCUUAUGAACUUGCAGUAUAUUA